AUGCCCAAGGCCACCACACCAACUGCUGUCCGCCAAGGGCGACGGCAUAACCCCCUUGAAGAUGAUCUAGUAGCUACGGGACCCUUACGCGCAAAGGCUCCCAAGAGGAAGGCUAAAAGCGGCGACGACGACGAAGAGCAAGAAAACUACAUAGACUCUAAGGCGUCGAGGAAAAUCUUGAAGAUCGGCCGAGAAUUAGCAGAAGAAAUUGAUGUGGCACCUCCGCGACCGCCAAAGGAGAGCAAUGCAUUCGGUUUCGAUUCUCGGUUUGACGAAGAUGGUGAAGAUAACGAGGCGUUCGAGGACGAAGAAGUAUGGGGCGACGAAGAGGAGAUAGUAGAGGAGAUCGAGAUUGAACCUGAAGACUUAGACACAUUCAACAAGUUUUUGCCUACGGACGACGAUCCGUUAUUGACACACGGUUGGGGAGGUCAAGCAUCUGCGCAGCAGCAAGGUCCGGGAACCAACCUUGCCGAUUUGAUUCUGGCGAGAAUAGCGGAACACGAAGCUGGACCCGACGGAGGGCGAGAAUUGGGACCUGUGGAUGACGACUAUGAGCUAUCGCCGAAGAUUGUAGAAGUCUAUACAAAAAUCGGGUUGAUAUUAUCGAGGUAUAAGUCUGGCCAACUCCCCAAACCGUUCAAGAUUCUGCCGACGGUACCUCAUUGGGAAGAUAUCAUCGAAUGCACGAAGCCUGACCAGUGGACCCCGAACGCAUGCUACCAGGCUACCAAGAUUUUUGUAUCUAGUAACCCGAUCGUCGUCCGAAGAUUUAUGGAGAUGAUCCUUCUCGAGCGCGUGAGGGAAGAUAUCCAUGAGACGAAGAAGCUAAAUGUGCAUUUAUUUAAUGCACUCAAGAAAGCGCUUUAUAAGCCCGCGGCGUGGUUCAAAGGCUUCCUCUUCCCUCUCGUAGAGAGCGGCACGUGCACCCUGAGAGAAGCCGCAAUCAUAUCUGCCGUCCUAGCCAGGGUUUCCAUACCGGUGCUGCACUCCGGCGCGGCUAUCAAGGGGCUGUGUGAUAUCGCGGCACGGGAAGCUUCUGCUGGAACGGAGGGCGGGGGCGCCACGAACGUCUUCAUCAAGACCCUCCUAGAGAAGAAAUACGCUCUUCCCUACCAAGUCAUCGACUCCCUCGUAUUCCACUUCCUACGCUUUCGAAGCGUGGAUCCUGCGUCCGUUAGGGAAGGCGCUUCGAUGGACAUAGGUAGUGAGCGAGCGGCUAUGCAAGUGAAGCUACCGGUGAUUUGGCACCAAUGCCUUCUAGCCUUUGCGCAGCGGUACCGCAACGAGAUCACCGAAGACCAGCGAGAAGCCCUCCUGGACCUCCUAUUGACGCAUGGACACCACAAGAUCGGACCAGAGAUCCGAAGGGAAUUAUUAGCUGGUCGUGGCCGAGGAGUCGUGGUCGAGCAACCCGAAUCGGCGUUUGAUGGAGACGACACUAUGGUGGUCGAUGGAUAG